GACUUUGCAGCCAGUCGAACACAGAGGUUACUUUUAUUGUGGCGACAUAUCGCUGAAGGCUUGGCAGAUCUGAUGGGCUUCUGAUUUCUACUCUGCAAGUGACUGAGCGGUAAAGCCCUGGUCAAAAUGAGCUCGCAAGCAGGCGAGGAUACUGUCAUUGAUACUUACUACACCACAGUCCACACGCUGGGCAAGCAAGAUGAGGGCAGGCGGCUCCGCUACAUGCAGAAAGACGGCCGCUUCCCUGUGGUUUUCCAGAAGGCUCCUGGAGACUGGAGCCCUUACCUCAUGGACAUCUUCACCACUCUCAUUGAAGUCCGCUGGAGGGUGAUGUUCCUCAUCUUCUCCCUCUCUUACAUCCUCUCUUGGCUCUUCUUCGGCCUCUGCUAUUGGCUCAUUGCAUAUGUACACGGAGACACAAACGAUUUAGAUAAUGCACCAUGCGUGGACAACGUGCGUGGCUUCACUGGGGCGUUUCUGUACUCGAUGGAGACCCAAGCGACCAUUGGCUACGGCAACAGGGGGAUGACUGAGAAUUGCAUGGUGGCCAUUAUUGUUGUGACUAUUCAAGAUGUGUUCAGCUGCCUCCUUGACACCAUUGUCAUCGGUAUCAUUAUUACUAAAAUGGCGUCUGCUCGUAAGAGAGCUCAAACAGUUGGCUUUAGCAACUGUGCAGUGGUCAACCUACGAGACGGGGUUUUGUGCCUGUCAUGGCGACUCGGAGACUUCAGAGGGAACCACAUCCUGGAUGGUGUUGCCAGGGCUAUGAUAGUCCGCUAUGUGAAAAAGCCCCAGGGAUCCAUCGUGAUGUUGUACCAGGAUUUGGACAUCCAGGAUCGAGACGUUGUCCUGGCUACACCAGCCACCAUCAUCCACAAGCUGGAGCCUGGGAGUCCCCUCUACAGUUUGGGCCCUGACGCCCUGCAGGAGGACAACUUUGAGCUGGUGGUGUCUUUCACCUACACUGGAGACUCGACAGGGAUGCUGCACCAGACGAGAACCUGCUACAAACCAGCUGACAUCCGCUGGGGUCAGCGCUUCGAGGACAUGCUUAAAGUUGGGAAGAAGCACUACAAGGUGGACUACUCUCGCUUCAAUGAGACCACGUGGGUGGAGGUGCCUCAGGUUAGCGCGGAGGAGUUUGACAGAGUGGGACGUCCUGUAGAUGGGAAUCAGUCUCACAGUGGUCUCUUUCCAUCAGGGAAGAGAAACGGACUAACAAGCCACAUGAAUCAUGACACCACUGGGGAGGUGAUGCACCAAACCAGUUUGUAGAUUAAAAAUAAAGAAAUAAAUUGUCAAAGCUGUGAAAAAGAGUGGACCCUUACAAGAUUAAGGAAUAUAGCCAUGCAGUAC